AUGCAGCUGGAAUUCGAACUUGGACGGGAUCUUCCAGAAGCCCAUCACGUCAUUGAUCAGCGAUUAGGACCAUCACGAUUUCCCUUUGCCCAACAAUCUCCCUUAGGAUGGACUAUAAUUGGAGACAUUUGUUUGGCUGGAAAACACAUUCCACCAUUACAGGUCAACAGAACCUACGUAGACAGAAGUGGUCGACCUACAAUGUUGGAACCAUGUACACAGAUGUUAAACAUUAAAAACACUGUUAUCACCUCGAAUAAGACCGUAAUUGAGAAAACAGACGUCUUCACGAAAACAUCAGAUGACAACAAAGUUGGUCUCUCGAUUGAAGACCACACUUUUCUGAAUAUUAUGGACAACAAGUUUCAUCUUGAUCCUACUGAGGGUAAAUGGACUGCGCCAUUGCCCUUCCGGCAAAAUCGUGAACAACUUCCAGACAACUACUCACAAGCGUUAUUCCGGGCCAAAUGUCUUGAUGCUUCUCUAAGAAAAAACAACACAAAAAAAGAACAUUUCAUUGCGUUCAUGCAGAAAAUAUUCGAUUGUGAUCAUGCAGAACUAGCUCCGAUAAUACCACCUGACAAAGAACAUUGGUAUCUUCCCCUGUUUGGAGUCUACCAUCCUCGUAAACCAGAUCAAAUUCGCGGAGUUUUCGACUCCUCAGCUGAAUUCAAGGGUGUGUCAUUAAAUGGACAAUUGUUACAGGGACCUGACUUCAUAAACAACCUCUUAGGAAUUCUCAUUCGAUUUAGGAAGGAAAAUGUAGCUGUAGUUGCCGACAUCCAAAGCAUGUUUCAUUCAUUCCUGGUUGAUGAAGACCAUCGGGAUUAUUUACGUUUUAUGUGGCACAGAGAUAAUGACAUUGAGAGACCACUUAUUACUUAUCGAAUGAAAGUUCAUGUAUUUGGCAAUCGUUCUUCCCCAUCUGUUGCAAUGUAUGGAUUACGUCGUAUUGGUGAUUUGGCUGCUGAAAGUCAUGGACAGGAAGUGAAAGACUUUAUCGUGAAUGACUUCUACGUUGAUGACGGAUUGAAAUCUUGUGCAACUACAUGUACUCGUGAAGCGAUUAACAUUCUACAGAAGACUAAAGAUGCCAUGAAAGAGUAUGGUGGAUUGCGACUUCAUAAAUUCGCUUCAAAUGAAAAAGAAGUAAUGGAAGCUUUUGACUCGAAUGAUUUGUCAAAGAAUAAUGUGGACCUUAACUUUGAGAAGGAUGUCUUAACUCAAAGCAGUCUUGGCCUUCUAUGGGAUUUACAAACAGAUACCAUACGAUUCAAAAUUUCUAGUGAAGACAAACCAUCUACAAGGAGAGGUGUACUUUCAGUUGUGAAUCGUCUCUAUGAUCCACUUGGAUUCAUUGCUCCUGUCAUCAUACAAGCUGGGAUGAAGCCUUUGCUCAAAGAAUGGGAAAAAUGGAAAAAUAACUUACCUGAUUUGGAAAACUUACGUAUUCCUCGUGUGAUUGUUCCCAAAUUGUGUGAAGCGUUUAGAAGGGAGUUGCUAGUUUACUGUGAUGCGUCUGAACUAGCCAUAGCUGCUGUUUGUUAUUUAAAGGCAAAGUAUUCAGAUGGUUCUUCAUCUCAAGGAUUUGUUCUAGGAAAAGCAAAAGUGGUACCUGUUAGUGGACAUACAAUUCCUAGACUGGAACUAUGUGCCGCAGUGCUUGCUACCGAUAUAGCACAAAUAGCCAAGGAACAGUUAAAAGUGAAAAUAGAUGACAUCAAGUUCUUCAGUGAUAGUCGUAUUGUAUUAGGAUAUAUUAACAACACGAAAAAACGUUUCCUUGUGUAUGUGGCUAACCGCAUUGCUCAUAUCCACAGUCUCAGCAGUCCGACCCAAUGGUACUAUAUUCGCAGUGAAAUGAAUCCAGCAGAUGUAAGCACAAGAGGAAUUCUUCCAAAUGAAAUGGAAAAGUGUGCAUGGCUUUCAAACAUAGAAAACCUGGAGAUUGUGCCCUCUAUUGAACAAUUUCCUUUAGUGAGCCCCGAAGAGGAUAAAGAAAUCCGCUGUAAUAAAACUGACAUUGAAACAAAAACAGCUGUGGGUCUGGACAAUGAACUCCUUACAAAAUUCUCAAAGUGGAACAAACUGGUUGCUGUAGUUGCUAAAGUUUAUGGUUUCAUUCAGAAUUGUCGUAACCCAAAGAGCAAAUUGAGUGAUGUUCAACUUCUUCACAACGCUGAAACAGUUAUAAUUAGAGACAUUCAGAAGAAAUUCUAUUUAGAGGAAAUUGAAAAUAUUAGAGACUCUAAGCCUGUGUCGAGAAAUAGUUCCAUUCAGAAACUUGACCCCUACAUCGACAGUGAAAGGAUUUUGCGUGUUGGUGGUCGCUUGAAGAAAUACAAUGAUGAUCCUUUAUUCAAGAAUCCAAUCAUUUUGCCUGCAAAACAUCAUGUUACCACUCUUAUUGUCAGAAAACUUCAUGAAGAUGUCAGACACCAAGGACGUCAUAUAACAGAGGGUCAUAUUCGUUCUUCUGGAUUUUGGAUUGUCGGAGGUAAAAGACUCAUUUCAUCUGUUCUUCAUAAGUGCGUCACUUGCAGAAAACUUCGGAAAAAACCUGAACAUCAGAAAAUGUCCGACUUGCCCGAGGAUCGUCUCAUACCUGGACAACCACCAUUCUCUUCUGUUGGAGUUGAUAUAUUUGGACCAUGGAACAUCAUUACACGACGUACCAGAGGUGGUGUAGCAAAUAGUAAAAGAUGGGCCGCUCUAUUCACUUGCCUCACUACCAGGGCCGUGCAUAUUGAAGUUGUGGAAGAAAUGACAUCCUCCUCAUUUAUUAAUGCGCUUCGUCGGUUUAUCGCCAUACGUGGACCUGUUCAAGUCCUUCGUUCAGACAGGGGAACAAAUUUUAUUGGUGCUGCGAAGGAGCUGAAAGUCAAUGUCAUCAAUGUGGAAGAAGAACACCUUCAUACCUUUCUCAACGAACAGAGAACGACCUGGAUCUUCAAUCCUCCCCACUCCUCUCACAUGGGAGGAGUGUGGGAACGCAUGAUAGGGACAACAAGACGCAUAUUGGAUGCGAUCCUUUUUGAUUAUGGAUCUAGGAGUUUAACUCAUGAGGUUCUCACUACAUUUUUAGCAGAAGCCUCUUCCAUUAUCAACUCAAGACCUCUAGUGCCAGUGUCUACAGAUCCUGAAAAUCCCCUUGUGUUAUCCCCUUCAACUCUUCUUACUCAGAAAACAGGCAAUAAGGAUUUGAUAUUCGCUGAUCAUGAAAACAAAAACGAGCUAUUACAGACGCAGUGGAGGAGAGUUCAACAUCUUGCAUCAAUUUUCUGGAAACGGUGGAAGACUGAAUAUUUGAACACUCUACAGAUGCGCCGUAAAUGGAAUUCACAUCAAAGAAACCUAUCGCCUGGUGAUGUAGUUUUAAUCUGCGACAAAGAACUUUCCCGCAAUUCUUGGCCAAUGGGUAUAGUUACUAAGGCUUUACCAAGUGAUGACGAACUUGUGCGUAAAGUGACGGUUCGUGUAAUCGUGAAUGGUGAACCUAAAAACUAUGUGCGACCAAUUACUGAACUUAUCGUAAUUCUUGAACAGUGAUCGUUUAGUGAAUCUUACUUAUAAUUGACUGAAAAUGGACUGUGUUUCAAUUUGAAAAUGGACUGUGUUUCAGUUUAUAUUACAUGUAACUUAACAAUUUGUCAUAUGUUAGGGUACUUAAAAGUUUAUUAUAGAGUGAUAUUUUCUAUAUCAGGCGAGGAGUGUGCCGUCUCGUAGCCGGAAAUUUUUUAUCCGAUACGGCUUGGUUUUUUCUUUUAUUGUUUACUUUCUAUUUCCUAAUUUGUAUAUUGCACGGGUUUUUUGGAUCACUCGUCGUCCUACCUCAGGUCUGCACAGUCAUGCACUGUUUUUCUAGUCUGCCAACAAUUUUUUCACCAUGUUUUUGAAUAAAUAUAAUCAUCAAACGACAUGCGUUAGCUAGCUGUAUUCAGGAGACAGCAUAAGCAU